AUGUGCGUUCAGCAAAAACACGAUCUCCUGUUUUGAUGUUUGCACGUACGGUGACGUACCACUCAAUCAUAAUUUCUUUAAAUAAAAAUGUAUGACAGAAAAACAAUCCGUUAUUCAAUUAGUUAACUUUGAUUGGUACACAAAUUUAAGAUUGUUUGAUCAUAACCUUGUAAACUAUGCUUAAAUUAGAUAUACUCAGGGAUUUACCAGGUCCAAAGUAUAAGAAUCGGCAACAGGCCAUGGGCCUACUUCUUCAGUGCCUACACUUCUAUUCUAUUCACUCAUUUUUGUUUUUAUGGAGGUCGUGUCGGUCACAGUUAACAACGCUCUGCACCUCCUGGUGUAAGCUCUAGCAUUCGCUGUCGUGCCUUCUACUAAAUUCAAAAUGGCUUGCGGUGAAAGUGGAGCACUAAAUUUAGUUGCUGCUUAUGAGUCUUCUUCUGACAGCGAAAGAGAUUCAGGAUAUACAAGCGAAGAUGAUAAGAAAAGAAAAUCACACGAUGAUACUUCUACUCAAAUUAAUUCAAAGAAACGGAGAUUGGAAUUGGAGGACGAUUCCAUGGAAGAAGCAAUGAUGGUAGAUAUUCCAGAAUACAACAAAUUUCAGUCUCUGAGCUUGAGAGAAAAUCAUAAUCAUAAUGUUGGUUCAUUUGCCUCUUCUUGUAAGAAUAACCAUGUCAAAACUUCAUCACCAUCUACAAGCCAACUGCCUGUGUAUAGUGGAAAAUUAAUCAUACCUUUACCCAAAGAAUUGGCUGGAGAAGGUCCCAGUCACGUGGACGAUGCCAGUAAGCAUCAAGGUCGUGUGAGGUCAUUCCCUCAUGAUGUAGGAAAUUGGGCAUCUAUUGUAUAUCUUCCAUUGAAUGAAGACACCAGCAGUGGGGUUGGCAUCACAAGCUAUGAGACUCUACAAGCUCUGGUCACUGAAGCAGUGAGUAUCUGCCAGCGUCAAAGCCUGUGCCUCACUCCCUCCACGGACUUCCACAUCUCACUGAGCAGAACUCUGCUCCUUAGGAUACACCUCAUUCAUCCUCUCGCUCACGACGUGCGAGCCAGUCUUGCCAACACUCACCGGUUCCAUGUUUUUCUGAACAAAUUUGCUGUUUAUGUCAAUGAGGACAAGACUCGUACGUUCCUGGGGCUGAAGGUGCUACAUGGUCAGUCUCAGCUAGCUAACGUUGUUGCCAAGCUGGACCGCAUCUUCCAAACUUAUAACCUGCCUACAUUUUAUGAGGACUGCGACCUGCACGCCUCGGUGGCGUGGGUGCGAGGUGACCAGAGGGCGGCGCUGGAGUUGCUGCUGCCGUCGUUGGAGUCGCACUUCCAUGACUACUUCAACUACGACGAUCACCUGCGCUCCUUCCAUGCCAAGUACAUCCACCUCAAGGCUGGCAACCGCGUCAACUGCAUACAGCUUGGCCCCUACGCCAGCUAGCCAUGCCCUAGCUUCAACAUAUGUUUCUUACACUAAUUUUGGUUUUUUAUUGAAUUAACCUCGUUAAUCUUAGACCUUCGUGAAUAAACAUGCGUCUUUCACGUGUCAUUAGAUCGCACAACAAUAUUUUCUUCAAUAUGUAGAUAUAGAAAUGCAUAAAUAAUGUCUUCUCAUACCAUUAACUGUGUUAGCUAAUGCAUGUGCCGAAAUAUGAAUCGACACUUGCAUCACUUUUUGUUGAUAUUUAAUUCACGCAGAUAUUUGGCUACGUUUUCAACUGGAUACAUUGUCUAGGUAAUGAUAUUUUUCUAUAUUCUUAGAAAAGAAUUUCUGAGAUGAAAUGUGUACAAGUGUCUGUGAUACAUCUAGGAGAAUAGCUGAUUAAUGCCGCAUAAUGAACUUGAAUGCCCGAGACAAAGUCUUGUUUGGUGUUGAUUAAAUUGUCACAUUUCAACUGAAGCAAACUUCUUUAUUAUAAAGACAAAUUCAAGUCUUUGAUACAUAUUGAUAUGAAACCUUUUCAAAUAUUUUCAAUACCGUACCUAUAUUAUUGAAAAUUUUGCUUCACAUAACAAUUUCGAGCACUAUAAACUUAAAAUUAUUAGUUUCAACGUGGUUUGAUCGUGACAGCAACGAACAAAGUUGUGAUCCUACCUCACUUCGGAUGUCCACUCCCGGCAGAUAAAUAACUUUGUUGUAAGUCAUCACGAAUCCGUGAUCCAAGGAUGAAAUUAAGGAAAAUACGUAAACAAUUGUUUACUCAUGUGCUUGUGGAAACUUUAGAAAACUCGCGUUUUGAGGCCAACGUUCAUUUUUUCAUUUCAAGGGCGUAUAGUGUGAAAUUGUGGCCUGUUUUCUCUUUAGAUUUAAAAAACUGAAUGAAAUAUUGCAUGAACUCUAUCUAGCUGAAAUGAAUAUUUUUCUACGACCAUCAAAGGCUAGGAAAUAGUGUUAGCCUACUGGUGAGCCGGUGGAAGUGCUUGAGUAUCAUCUCCAUUGACGCGCAAGUGUUCGCGCUUCAGUGGUUGAAAUAUUUGAAUGUGAAAUUUUCUCUUCGUUAUUACGUCAAUGAAAAGUCUUUAUUGUCCCAUGGCUUUCACGCUGCCUGACCUCUCCUAUAGAUGGUCUCUUAACUAAAAGGAUUGAUUCUAUUCAAAUAUUGACAAAAGAAUAAAACUCCAUAUUCUUUUUUUGUUGUGUUUAUCUGUUGUAGUUCUGCUUCGUAAUUUACUUGAUAGGAGGAUUGAAUUUGCUCACUGUAAAUUCAUGCUGCUUCAUCGAGCCUAGCAGAGAUGAAGAAAGGAAUAAUAUUGUACAUGCUUUAUAAUAUAAGUGAUCAGAGAGAUCACUGCUCUUCGUGUUCUCAUCUUGGCUGUGUUUUUGACCUAUCAUCUUGUUUCCUUUUAUAAAGUCAUAAUCACUUUUUCUUAGGCGUAUGCGGAGGAAUAAGCAACAUUCCUCCAUAUUUGUUGCUUUUCAUUAUAAUGUGCUCGUACUUUUUGUACGAUAUCUAAGCGCCGUGUGUCUGUGUGUGUGCGCGACGGGACGCGCCGGUCGCCACUCCUAAGCAGGGCCCUCGCUGCCCAACUAAAGUAACUGAACUAAGGCUUCAGUUUGUUUCGUACGAUGCUUACAUGACACUAAUUCUGA